AUGGGCCUCAAGAGAGCCGUAAUACCAUUAUUCGCGAAGCUUUUGUGGCCGAAUGACCUCGGCAGCGAGCAGUAUCACCAGGACUUAGUUGUUCUCGGAGAUCACGCUUAUAUUGACGGUGGAGAGAUUGCUGUCCUGGUCAAUGGAAAGAACGAGUCCACGUAUGAUCAUCCAUCAUGGCAACUAAAUGAUACGCUUUCCAUCGACUUACGAAAGUCAUGGAGCUCGUUGGAUGUUGAAAUCAAGGCGAUACCAAAGCCAGCUGGUAUUCCAGUACUAGACGGCCAAGCUAUGUGGAGAGACCGGUCUUCCAAAGCGUUUUACAUAUGGGCCGGUGCAACGCCCUUCAACGAGGAGGUGCAGGAUUCUAACAUCUGGCGCUUCGCACCUGAUGGAGGCGACAAGGGUGACUGGACCGAGGCCACCAUUAGCAACCAUGACAACUUCAAAUAUCUUCUUCAACCUAAAAGAGGCGCAUUUGCUCAAAGCGACUCCGUUGGAUAUUACUUCGGCGGCUUCGCAACGAUACGCACCGACAAGUCAAUCUCAGACUGGAAAAUAAGCAGGCCAUUUCCGGGGCUAGUGUCUUAUGACAUGUCAGGACGUCAGAAAGUUGUGAACAGUUCUUCGGAGGGAUUUGGUAAAUGGGGAACAUUCAAAGGUGGCUCUAUGGAGUUUGUACCUUUCGGGCCAGACGGAUUGCUCCUCGUUCUCGGCGGAGCACAAGCUCCCCUAUCAGAAAAUCUUGAAGGCCGAUGGAAGCCAAUGGACUUUGGCAAAAUCUUCAUAUAUAAUCCAGCAAGUAUGGAUAUGGCGCCCUUCUUGAUGCUUUGGUCUAACAUGCUGUCAGCUAGGAAAUGGCAUACCCAACAAACGACGGGAACACAACCGACACCGAGAGAGAAGUUCUGUACAGCGGGAGUUGCUGGACAGGACAACACAUAUGAUAUAUUCAUUUACGGCGGCAGCGUUUGGGGUGAGGGCAUAUCUGAAGAGGUGUACGUCCUAACCCUGCCCGGAUUCAACUUCUUCAAAGCAAACACCAGCAUCGGCUCAACACCCCGAGAGUGUCAUGCCUGUGCUGUAGUCGGCAAACGCCAGAUGUUGUCUGUCGGGGGAACGAGCAACCCUGAGGCCCCAGAAUCCUUGACAGAGCCUGACCCUUGGAGCCUGGUAUGA